AUGCAGUACGUGCCUAGCCUCAUCAACCACCUCUACACGCUGCCCCCAAGUCUCACGUCGGGCUUGUCCGAGCUCUUGAACCGUGCUUGCAAGGACACCUUUGUCAAAGCCUUUUUUGCCAAGGUAAACCUGUCUGCACCGGCUGGAGCUGAAGGUCAUGACGUUACGCUGGAACAGCUCCUUGAGGCUCGCCUCUUCACGCGGGCCAACACCGGGGGCUUUGGCCUGCACGACUUGGUUGAGCGCGGUCCGGUGGCUUAUGUCUGCAACAUGGCCAAGCUGGCCACUCGCUACCCUCGAGUUUACGAUCGACUCUUGGAGGAUGCAUCGAGGGCUGCCGACUUUGAGGUCCACGUGCAGCGAGCUGGCUUCCAGAUGGCCACGGUCAAGGACGCGGCGACCCAGCGACCAGCUGAGAUCAUUGCCCUCCGCUCCAAGGCGGCACUGGACGACCUGAUGGCCAAGUGUGCGCUGGACCUGCAGCAGGCAUAUCUGGCCUCACGCGAGUGGGGCGUCAGCACAGUCUUGACCAUGCGGGGUCGAGACAAGUUGCGUCGCUUGAGCGACACGACCUUUGCCAUUGCGGUCGUGUCCAUGAUGGGUUUUGGCCUCCAUGAACUCAUCAACAUCAAGCCGACGGACAAGUACGCCACCCUCUCCCAUGUCUGGGUGGAAAAGUCUGGCUACAACGCCAACGGUCAGAGCUGCCGCAUCGACCUGCACUGCCGCAACCCCUUUCCCGGCGGUGCUCUGGGCCCAGCUCUGCCCGACCUGGGCAUUGACGUGACUGUGCGCACAGCCCAACCCCCGACCACCUCGCAAGCCUGCAUCAAGGUGGGCGCUGCCCUUCGCCGAGCCGAAAAGGAGAAGCGCGACUACUACACCGGUUUCAACCAUGGAAAAACUCUGAUCGUCCCUGCGGCGAUGACGACAACCGGUGGGUUCGCCUCCUCCUUUGUGGAUCUGCUUGGUCAGCUCGCCCGCUGCGCCGAGGCCCGUGGUGUGUACCAGCCGGGGCUGGAUGAGGCCUUUGUUCCUCGGUGGAAGGGUCGCUUUGCGGCUCUGGUCCAUCAGAUGAACGCUGACCACAUCCAGCGCCACUUUGGCGGUGUCUGCCUGCGCUCGUCAUCUCAUCGGGCAUCGGAUAGCCCGAGCUCGGAUCGGCAAGCCUCUGCUCUGAUCCGCAAGCCCGAGUUCUCAUGCGUUCGUUGGAGCUCUGAACUUCGAUGCUUCGACAUGUCGAGAUCUGAUCGGGCAUCGGAUAGCCCGAGCUCGGAUCGGCAAGCCUCUGCGCUGAUCCACCUGCCCGUGUUCUCAUGCGUUCGUUGGAGCUCUGAUGCGUCCGCUGGAGCUCUGAACUUUGAGGCCCACGUGCAGCGAGCUGGCUUCCAGAUGGCCACGGUCAAGGACGCGGCGACCCAGCGACCAGCUGAGAUCAUUGCCCUCCGCUCCAAGGCGGCACUGGACGACCUGAUGGCCAAGUGUGCGCUGGACCUGCAGCAGGCAUAUCUGGCCUCACGCGAGUGGGGCGUCAGCACAGUCUUGACCAUGCGGGGUCGAGACAAGUUGCGUCGCUUGAGCGACACGACCUUUGCCAUUGCGGUCGUGUCCAUGAUGGGUUUUGGCCUCCAUGAACUCAUCAACAUCAAGCCGACGGACAAUCUGGCUACAAAGCACAUUGCUGGCAAGCUCAAUGACAUGCUGACGACCGGUGUCUCGCUUCAGGCCCUCCUCACGGCCAUGCAGUACGUGCCUAGCCUCAUCAACCACCUCUACACGCUGCCCCCAAGUCUCACGUCGGGCUUGUCCGAGCUCUUGAACCGUGCUUGCAAGGACACCUUUGUCAAAGCCUUUUUUGCCAAGGUAAACCUGUCUGCACCAGCUGGAGCUGAAGGUCAUAACGUUACGCUGGAACAGCUCCUUGAGGCUCGCCUCUUCACGCGGGCCAACACCGGGGGCUUUGGCCUGCACGACUUGGUUGAGCGCGGUCCGGUGGCUUAUGUCUGCAACAUGGCCAAGCUGGCCACUCGCUACCCUCGGGUCUACGAUCGACUUUUGGAGGAUGAAUCGAGGGCUGCCGACUUUGAGGCCCACGUGCAGCGAGCCGGCUUCCAGAUGGCCACGUGGGGCGUCAGCACAGUCUUGACCAUGCGGGGUCGAGACAAGUUGCGUCGCUUGAGCGACACGACCUUUGCCAUUGCGGUCGUGUCCAUGAUGGGUUUUGGCCUGCAUGAACUCAUCAACAUCAAGCCGACGGACAAGUGCCCGCUCUGCAGCAGCAAGACACCUCAGCCGCGACUGACCCGCGAGCACCUGUUGACCUGCCGUCCCAUCAAGCGUCACAACGCCCUUCGCGACGAGAUGGGCCGCCUGCUCAGGUACGCCACCCUCUCCCAUGUCUGGGUGGAAAAGUCUGGCUACAACCCCAACGGUCAGAGCUGCCGCAUCGACCUGCACUGCCGCAACCCCUUUCCCGGCGGUGCCCUGGGCCCAGCUCUGCCCGACCUGGGCAUUGACGUGACUGUGCGCACAGCCCAACCCCCGACCACCUCGCAAGCCUGCAUCAAGGUGGGCGCUGCCCUUCGCCGAGCCGAAAAGGAGAAGCGCGACUACUACACCGGUUUCAACCAUGGAAAAACUCUGAUCGUCCCUGCGGCGAUGACGACAACCGGUGGGUUCGCCUCCUCCUUUGUGGAUCUGCUUGGUCAGCUCGCCCGCUGCGCCGAGGCCCGUGGUGUGUACCAGCCGGGGCUGGAUGAGGCCUUUGUUCCUCGAUGGAAGGGUCGCUUUGCGGCGCUGGUCCAUCAGAUGAACGCUGACCACAUCCAGCGCCACUUUGGCGGUGUCUGCCUGCGCUCGUCCUCUGAACUUCGAUGCUUCGACAUGUCGAGAUCUGAUCGGGCAUCGGAUAGCCCGAGCUCGGAUCGGCGAGCCUCUGCUCUGAUCCGCAAGCCCGAGUUCUCAUGCGUUCGUUGGAGCUCUGAACUUCGAUGCUUCGACAUGUCGAGAUCUGAUCGGGCAUCGGAUAGCCCGAGCUCGGAUCGGCAAGCCUCUGCUCUGAUCCGCAAGCCCGAGUUCUCAUGCGUUCGUUGGAGCUCUGAUGCGUCCGGUGGAGCUCUGAACUUCGAUGCUUCCACAUGUCGAGAUCUGAUCGGGCAUCGGAUAGCCCGAGCUCGGAUCGGCAGCCUCUGCUCUGAUCCGCCAGCCCGAGCUCUGAUGCGUCCGAUGGAGCUCUGA